AUGACGGUCUACUCUUUUUACAUCUUCGACAGGCACACGGAAUGCGUCUUCACGAAGAACUGGCUCCCUCCCUCCCAACAGGCCUCCCUCCCAGCUUCAUCUCCAGCAGCGGCAACACCAGCGACGACAGCUCCUGACACACGACCCUCCACAGCCGUCAAUGGCCCGCCAACCGCGACACCAUCAGCAGCAGCUGCAGCAGCCGCCGCGAAGACCAAGAGCACGCGCGCCCAGAACGACGCCAAGCUCAUCUUCGGCACCGUCUUCAGCCUGCGCAACAUGGUCCGCAAGCUUGGCGGCGACGACGACGCCUUCAUCUCCUACCGCACCGGCCAGUACCGCAUGCACUACUACGAGACCCCGACCAACCUGCGCUUCGUCCUGCUGACCGACACCGCCACCAUGAGCAUGCGCAACGUCCUGCACCAGAUCUACAUCAACCUCUGGGUCGAAUACGUGGUCAAGAACCCCCUCUCUCCGGUCGAGCACAAGGGCGGCGCGGGUAUCACCAACGAGUUGUUUGAGAUGGGUCUCGACCAGUUUAUUAGGGGCCUUCAAUGA